AUGGAGCCUAGGCAAAGCACCGUUUUGGAGAAUGACAUGGCUACAGCGCCUAAUCCCAUCCAGGCUGCCUCGGAACCGAUAACGCCACGACCCUCAACGACCAUGGAGCCUGUCGCCGCGAUCAGCAACGGAAGUGAUAGUGCACUUCCAGAUCGUGCCUCUACGGCACUUCCGGGCACGACGGUCGGCAUACAAGGGGAGGAUUCGCCAGCCCCGGCCUCGCCCGUGAACCAACCGAUCAUUGCUACGAAAACCGAAAGCGCUCACGAUUCCAUGGUGACGGUCCGACUCUCUGGACCUGAGGAUCCUCUGACUGUUGAAGCAAGCGUCGGGUCUUCUCAUCCGGGACUUUCCAGAAAGAGCAUCGCAAUCCAGGAACACGAGUCCAUCAACACCAUGGCCGAAACUGUAAGCGACGGGAAGAUCGCUUUGGAGGGUGUUGAGCCGGUAACAGGAAAUCCGGCGAUUGGUCCAAAUCUACAGGAUGAACUCGCGGCAGUGGCAGAGGGUGAUGAGAGCGGCACGGCCGUGACGGAAAGCGAGAGUUCAAGCAUCGAGCGUGAUGAUGCAGUGAUCCCGACACCCGAACUCAAUCAAGAAUCGACCAACAACCACACUGCUUCGUCACCACCCGAUUCAGACGAUGUCGUAAACUGGGAAUCUCUCCAAAAACGCGAGGACGAGCAAUUGAAUGAAGAAACUGCGGACAAUACCGCACUCCUGCUUGCGAGGUUGGAGCAAGAAAAUGCCAAACUUGCAACAAAUCCAAAGAGCGUCAAGGCCAGACUCAUUGACAACAAACGCAAGUCACGACCGCCCUCGAUGGCGCAACUAAGAAAUAUGGUUACCGGUCCCACGCCGUCGGCUCUCCGUUACUCGAUGCUACCGCCGCCGCCGAUGACAGAUCUCGAAUUUUACGCUGCCUUGGUAAAGGAUUACGAACAGACGGCCGCCAGAUUACCGACGCUAUUAUCCCACAAGAUUCGUAAAGGAAUCCCGCCGCCGCUUCGCGGUGUUGUAUGGACAAGCAUGUCAGGCGCUCGCGAUGUCGCACUCGAGGAGCAGUUCGAGUACCUAUCUGGCGAGUCGAGCCCAUUCGAGUGCAUCAUCAGCAAGGACCUCGGCCGCAGUUUCCCUGGUGUGGACAUGUUCCGUGAGGCCGACGGGGAGGGCCAGAGGAUGCUCGGCAGGGUGCUCAAGUGUUAUUCGAUCUACGACCCCGAGAUUGGUUACUGCCAAGGUCUUGCCUUUUUGGUCGGACCGCUAUUAAUGCACAUGCCCGAUAAGCAGGCAUUCUGUGUUUUGGUGAGGUUGAUGGAGAAUUAUGAUCUUCGCAGCUGUUUCCUACCAGACUUGUCUGGCUUGCAUGUCCGCAUAUGGCAAUUUAACCAGCUGAUUCAUGAGCAUCUGCCGGUUUUGUCGAACCAUUUGGACGAUUUACAGGUCGACCCUGUAUAUGUUUCACAAUGGUUCCUCUCUUUCUUCGGGACAGCGGCUCCCCUGCCAUUUCUGUUUCGUAUAUACGACGUGCUAUUUGCAGAGGGAUCGACGGAGACCCUACUCAGGGUGGCAUUGUCGCUAAUGCGGAAGAACGAAAGACGGUUGUUAGCGUGCACGGAGUUGGAUGGGGUUUUGGCGUUGUGUCUCUCGCGCGGAUUAUGGGAUUGCUACAAUUACAACGCCGAUGAGUUCAUUCAGGACGUCGUCUCACUCAGCGAUAUUGUCAACCGAGAGCGAUUGGUCGCGCUCGAGCAGGCUUACUAUCGUGAGUCGACCCAGCUAAAGCUUGGCAGUCCCAAUGCUGCGCGGCAAACCUCGGAUGUCAGCACCGCAGCCUCCCGAUUUUUGGGUCGGUUCACUUCUUCAAUCUCCAGCGGCCCCACUUCAUCCAAAUCACAAUCGCAGCCACCUGCAGUUCCAACCCCUAGCUCCAUCUCAUCUUCAUCAACCAUAACUCCAACAACCAACGACUCGACGACGGCGCCUUCCAACGCUGCGUCUUCUGCAGCUUCGACCGCUGCAUCUUCCGUCACCAACAGUCCUGGGUUGGCCGCUCCUUCGCGACCGACCAGCAUGCUUCGGAGGAGCACCUCCAAGCAGAGCCUGGCCUCGACCCUGAAUUCCAUGGAGGCGCACUCGACUUCAACAUCCACCUCGUCCGCCGCUAGCGUUCUGAGCUCGGCAUCUACCGAAGCGACAUCCAUCUCGAGAGAUUCACACAUUCCUCAACAGACCCAGCAGUCCGCCGUUAAGGGAGGCACCGCUGACGAUCGAUACAUCGAGGAGCUCCUCCUAUCACUCAGUGAUCUCCAGCGCCAACAAGUGCUUUUAGCCGAGCAGUUACAAAGGGAGCGCGAAGAGAGGGAGGAAGACAGACAGGCCGUGAAGAAAUUGCUGCAUGGCUUGCAAGAAAAUGGCGCCGUCCAAGCUAGUCCGGAUGCUGAAAGCUCCGAGUCGGGGACGGGUCAAUUGGCUGCUCUAGUCAGUUCCGUGGAGAACCGUUUCAACGAUGAUACCGAAAACACCGCCUCGCUGAUUGCUGAGACGAAAACAGAACUACGCGACCAACUGGCUAGAACAAAGGAGCAAUUAAACAACGAACUUGCGAAAAGUCAAGACCAGUCUCGCAGGGAAGCUGAUCUUCAACAAGAGAUAUCCUCACUAAAGGAGCAACUUCGCGCAAGCCAGUCUCAUGUCCGCACUGCAUUCCAGGACAAGCAAAGGCUGGAGAAACAAAUACACUCGAUGAGGGCGAGGGCUUCGGCCGUUGAUAACAAUACAUCGUCGCCCGACCAGACCGCCAUAGGAGGCGCCAUAGGAGGAGCCACCGAAUGGUUUGGAAGGGCGACGGGCACUGGUGCAGGCGCAGCGGGUGGGCUUCGUGAACUGAAACUCGGCCGGAGUCUGUCGACACCUUCUCAGGCCUCACAGGCCGGCUCCGGCUCGCCUCCUUCGCUGAAGCGAGCAUCUUCCAUCUUUACAACCGCCUCCGCUCGUGGUCCUGGUUCUCGAGAAUCGCUGGUUCCUCCGUCCACCUCGGCGCCAUCCAGCGAACAUGAGGCCCUCCUGCUAGAGCUUGUGCAAGCCAAGACUGCCGAGGCCAUAGCCAGACAGGAAGCGGACGAGGCUAAGCAAAAGCUCAAGACUCUGCGAGAAUCUCUCGGUCUAGGCCCUGGGGACUCGAUACCUGCGGCUCAGCCCAACUCUGGAGCAGCGGGCGGUGCAUCAGCGGCUGCCUCGGCCGCCAUGGGCAUGUUUGGGCGUUUGACAACUACUACGGUGACUGCGUCAGCCAAAACAGGGGCGGCGUCCGCUGCCGCUCCUCCCGCUGCUCCUACACCUGUGCCGACACCUCCUGCCGGUGGUGCCGCUGCAGCCGGCGGCUUCUGGGGUUGGAGGCGAGGUUAA